GCCUUGGUAGGUAUGCCACUACCUAGCUCCGAGCUACCUAGGCUGUGCGGCUCGUGGGCUAGGGAUGCAGGGGUUCUGGAUGCGCGCGCUUUGCGGAGUGGUGGCCACCAUAGCCUGUGAGCAGGCCAUAAGCCGAAAUGCAAACGGCGCGAUGCCCCGGAUUUCGGAAUUUAAUACUCAAAUCCAGUUUCUUCGUGAAUAACGUCUCGUCAUGAAGUAUAACUAUCCCACACAAACAACGUUGCAUGGUGUCAAGUCUGCAUUGACGCGACCAUGGACGCCCCUAAACCUGACUUAAUUACGCGAAGAAAGCGGGAUAGAACGAAUGAGAACUUCGAGAAAGCAAGAGAGAACAUCAUGUGGCGGUGCGACGAAAUAAGCCGCCGCUACCAGUCAGACGUCUAUAUUGCGUUACGAAGGAGACACAAGCACUAUGAAUACAGCUCUACCAAUGACCCGGCGUGGCCGAUAUCCAGAGCUGACAUGGAGAAAGUAUAUCCCCUGCCCAUGAGGAAGACAGCAGCCAAUUUUACCCGUCGCAGAAGCGUAGUAAAUGGUCAUCGCCAAAAUUGACACACGUCACUACCUUCGCGUGUUCUUUGAUACUCAUAUCUGCCUUCACGAGCUUGAAGCAGUCUUCAUUGCGUCGUGAUGUCGCCUAAGUCACACGUAGCGGGGCACAUGUGCUUUCCUUGUCGGACCCAUGACAAGACCAAGGUUCAGGACUGGUUCUAAAACGAGAGUCAAGGCUGGUGGUGCUAAAUCGGGAGCCAGGGCUGUGUCGCAUAGCAGGACCAAAUUAGAGAUGAACCUCGGCCCAGUAGUUGAUUAUACAGUACAAGAAAUAUAACGAGCCGUCAGCUUGCUUAGUCAUUUUCACG